AUGGUGGAAGAAUGUGAAUGGGAGAAGCGAGGAAGAGGAAAGAGGAAUCUUAUGGACUAUGGGGUCAAGCCAAGACUUCCAGAACGCAGACGAGAAAGAGAAACCGCUGAUCGGGUCUACAUCGUGGUUUUCCAAAACCUGGGUGGUUUCAUCAAAUACGUUGUCGAGUUUUCAUUGGCCAGACACUGUGCUAACAGCAAAGAGAGGGAUGCCAGUAGCAUGUGUCUUACACUAAUUUUGGGUAGAGUUCAAUGGAGAGCCCAAUUACAAAGAUGGUUGGGAUUUACUCCCACUGUCUGGAAGAACCCCUCUGACUGA